GUGGGCAGAGCGCGGCAGCAGCUCGAAUUGCGACUGACUCACUCGCGCCUUCUUAGCUCGCAUGCGCCCUGGCUCACCGGCGGCUCUCUUUUGGUGCUGCUUUGCCGGAAACGUGAGAAAACGGGCGGUACCGCGGCUCCGCUACAUUCCAAUUGCACCCAGUCGCGCAAUGUCGGACGCAGUUUACGACCUCAGCGCUACUCCCGCCGAGGGGCAGCGCAUCAAGCAUAACAAUGUCGUCUACACAACAGUCAAGGAGGGCCUUGCCCACAUCCUAAUCCCCGAGGACUCGGCCAAGCCGGGACAGUCGGUACAGGAGGUCUUUUACAAUCCGAUUCAGCAGUUCAACCGUGACUUGACCGUUCUCGCCAUGAAGGCCUACGGAAAGGAGCGCAUAGCGCAGAAGCAGGCCGCCAGCAGAGCCCGGGCCGGCAAGCACGCCGACAAGAAGAGAAAGCGGCGUGGUGAGCAGGCACAGGGCGAGCAGGCAGAGGGCGAACGCCCGGCCAAGUCUCCGAAGUUGAGUGGAGAAGAGGCGACAGAGUCGACCGAAGACGCGGCGCCGCCAGAUGCGGAAAUGCAAGACGUGGCAGCGGAGCGCGCACCAGAGGAUGCUGCGGGCGCCGAGCAACAACAGCCUGGCGAUGUUGCCGCCGGUGAGACCGAGGCAAACGCGCCGGCCAACAGUGGUGGCAAUGAGGCGAAGAGAGAGCCCAAGAUUCCCUUCACCAUCCUCGACGCCCUCUCGGCCAGCGGUCUCCGCGCCCUGCGCUAUGCCCGGGAAAUACCAUUUGCCACGAGCGUAACCGCCAACGAUAUUCUCAAGACCGCCGCGGAAGCGAUCGAGCGCAAUGCCGUCCACAACGGUCUCCGCGACAAGAUCAACAUAUCGGUAGAUGAUGCCAUGGCACACAUGUACAGCAUCGUCGUGAAGGAGCUGCGCCGGACCUCCCUGUCCAAAAACAAGCCCGGGCCGAGCGAGAAGUACGACAUUAUCGACCUCGACCCGUACGGGAGCGCGGCCCCCUUCCUUGACGCCGCCGUCCAGGCGGUUCGUGACGACGGCGGUCUCCUGUGUGUCACCUGCACGGAUUCGGGAGUGUGGGCGUCCAACGGCUAUCCCGAGAAAUGCUACUCCCUGUACGGCGGCAUUCCCGUGAAAGGCUGGUAUUCCCACGAGGUCGGGAUCCGGCUGAUCCUGCACGCGAUCGAGACGGCGGCCGCCAAAUACGGUCUCGCGAUGGAGCCACUGCUCUCUCUGUCGGUUGACUUUUACUGCCGAGUCUUUGUCCGGAUCAAGAAAGCCCCGUUUCUGGUCAAGUUUCAGGGGGGCAAGAACAUGGUGGUCUACAGCUGCGGCACGGGUUGCGGAUCCUGGACGACGCAGCUGCUCAUGAAGAACAAGCCCGCCCCGAACAAGAAGGGCGACGGGAUCUUCUACAAGCACGGCUUCACCAGGGCGCCGACGACAGGGACCUGGUGCGAGCACUGCGGGUCGACCAUGCAUCUCGCCGGUCCGAUGUACGCGGGGCGCAUUCACUCGCCCGAGUUCAUCAAGACCGUCAUUGCCGAGGCGGAAGAGGCGCCUCCCGAGAUUUACGGUACCAAAGAGAGAAUCAGGGGCGUGCUGCAGACGGCGCUUGAGGAGUUCCUGCCUUCUCCCGAGGAGAUGGAGGCCGAGGCCGACGAGGGCGGCGACGGCACACAGAACAAGCCCAAGAAGAACCUAGCGGAAGCGAAAGCGGCCGCCAUCGACCCAUACCCCUUCUACUUCCAUCCUGCGCACGUCUCGGGCAUCUUGCACUGUUCUAGCCCUUCCGAACCCGCGCUGAGGGGGGCCCUCAUCCGCCUCGGGUAUCGUGUUACCCGGAGCCACUGCAAGGCUGGUAGCAUGAAGACGGAUGCUCCGUGGUCCGUCAUCUGGCACGUCUUCAGGGAGUGGAUCCGGCAAAAAGCACCGGUGAAGGAGGAAAAUAUCAAACCAGGCAGCGUCGCCUACCGCCUUCUGCGCCUGGAGAAGAAAGCUGCGGGAGGAGAGGCGGCUCACGAGACCGAGGACGGCAGCCAAGAGAGCAAAACAGCGGAGGCAUCUGAGGCCCCUAACUCUGGUGAGACAUCGGCGGAGAAGGGCACGGAUGUCACGAAGCAAGAGGUGGUUUUUGACGAGCAACUCGGGCGGUACCAGGACAAGAAGAAGUACGUCCGGUACCAGAUGAAUCCGAGGGAGAACUGGGGGCCCAUGAACAGAGCCAAGGGGAAAUGAUGCUCUCCCUCAUUCAUUCA